AACUCUAGAGUCAAGAGAAAGUAAUUAAUUUCAGUUUCAUUCUCCCCAUGCCACAGUUCACUGUUCUGAGAUUAUAAAUAAAGACUACUUGAUAUUAGUAGCCAAUAAUAAAACGUUUCAAUAUAAAUCUACAGCAGUGCAAAACAGUUGUGUAAAUCAGAAGAAAAAGUUUGUGCUUUUUAAAUCUCAAUAAUGAAUAGAGAGACUGAAGAAUUCGAAGAAGAUGAAUAUGUAGAUGUCCGAUCGCUAGCCCUCCAGCCUCCGCGACCUGCCCUGGCGCCGGAGAAGGCGGUGCGCCGCUCGUGGCACCCUGUCAUGUGGGACAACACAGUUCCUGAUGUACCACUCACUGAUAGCCAAGUCCAGGAACAGAAUGAAAAAUCUCGGUCCAGGGAGUAUCCGCACAAACAGCGUAUCCGUAACUUGAAGAGACUUAUUGCAGAGGGAAAGGUUAAGCCGACAUCUGAAACUCUUAUAUUCUUUCUUUGUAAUAAAUUUGCUAUAUCGGAAGAAAGGCAAGCUAAAUUAUCUUUAUAGAAAUGUAAAUUAUUGUUUAAAAAAACAUUUUGAUAUUUAUGUUUUCUGAUGUUCCAUAAGGAAUUAAAUUUGUCCAAAAGUUAUGUUAGCAUAUCCGCCUCUUUUAUAGCGUUUAUGUGUUAAUAGUCACAUAAUGUGAGCAUAAUUAUUUUGUACUAUAUAUAUAUAAUAAAAGAUAUUUUCAUUA